CUGUGGCCAGCUCUACAGUAGCUUCACUGGGGCAGCUCCAGGAAGCUCGCAGUGAAUUUUGUUUGGCAUCUACAGACUCACAAGAGUCAACCCAGCCGUUCAAACCUGGUAUCAAAUACGAGAUACCCCCAAGAUGGCCCCAAAGCCUCCCCCUCCCAGCUCCGGCUACUCCACAGUCACCCAGAAAAAGAGAAAGUUAGUAACACAACAGCUGUCCUCAUGCCCUAGCUAACCCCUCUACCCCCUCUAUAGACCCCCGACCCCCUUCGCAGUAAAGCCAAUUGGCGCAUUCUACGUCUUCUUCGCUGCAAACCUCCUCGCCGCCUUAUUUGCACCCAUACAAGAUUGUGAUGAGACGUUCAACUACUGGGAACCUGCACAUUACUUGAGCCAUGGUUAUGGUUUGCAAACGUGGGAGUACUCGCCCGACUAUGCCAUUCGCAGUUGGUUCUACAUUGGACUCCAUGCGAUUGUUGGCAGUUUCCGACGUCUGCUGCCCUUUUCCACAAAGGUGCGCCGAAUACCAUCUAUAUAUAUAUAUAAUAUGCUCAAUGCUAAUUGCUGACUCAAAACAGAUUGGCGAGUUCUACUUUGUCAGAUAUGCCCUUGUAUUUACCUGCGCCAUUUGUCAGACCCAAAUGUUUCGUGUGAUCAACAACACCUUGAACCCUCGCAUUGCUAUAUUCUUCUUGAUGGCCAAUGUCUUUACUCCCGGCAUGUUCCAUGCAUCUGCGGCCUUCCUACCCUCGAGUUUCGCCAUGUAUACAACCAUGAUUGGAAUGGCGGCUUUCAUGAACUGGAGAGGUGGUUUGAAAACGGCACAGGGCAUUUUUGCUUUUGCCAUUGGCGGAGUUCUUGGUUGGCCAUUCUCAAUGGCUUUAUGUGCACCAUUUCUCUUUGAGGAGGUUGUACUUGCGUUUUUGAGCAGCAAAGAUGCGUUAAUAGAUACAAUAAUGCGCUUCAUACGUGGAAUUGUUGCUGCCUUGUUGGUCUUGGUGAGUGGCCUUUAUUACGAUACUCCAUCAAGUACUUAUUAUUGCUCUAGUUCUUCGAGUUUGUCAUUUCUGGCUUCUUCUACAAGAAAAUGGUCAUCGUUCCUCUGAACAUUGUGCUUUACAAUAUUUUCAGUGGACCCGGAAAAGGGCCUGAGAUCUACGGAACCGAACCAUGGCAUUUUUACAUCCGGAAUUUGCUUCUGAAUUUCAAUAUUUGGUUCGUUCUUGCUGUUCUUGCGCUGCCACUUUUUGCAAUCAAAAAAGUCUUCUCCAGAUCUCCUCAAGAGGGCGGUGCCGUUACUGGCCUUCGAAGCAUAAUUUUCAUGUCUCCUUUCUAUUUAUGGCUGGCUAUUUUCACUUCCCAGCCACACAAAGAGGAACGCUUCAUGUAUCCAGCAUAUCCAGCUUUGGCACUCAAUGCAGCUAUGUCAUUACACAUUAUUCUUGCGGCAUUUGGGGACUCAGAUCCAAAGACAUUGGUUGGCAAAAUACCAGCCAAGCUGAAGCUUCUGGUUGUCAGUGUGGUCAUCAUCGGAUCUAUAGAUGUUGGUGUUGCCAGAAUUUACGGAAUCUAUACUGCAUAUUCUGCGCCACUCAAAGUUUACGAGCCGCUACAAAAUGGAACAAUUGGCAGUCGAGGAGACUCGGUUUGUUUCGCCAAGGAAUGGUAUCGAUUCCCAAGCUCUUACCAUCUACCAAACGACAUGCGCGCUAAAUUCGUCAAGAGCGAGUUCAAUGGUCUUCUACCAGGAGAAUUCAGUGAAGCAAAAACCGGUUACGGAUUCUGGUCUGGCGCAUGGUUGACUCCAGCUGGAAUGAACGACGAGAAUCUCGAGGAUAUGGGAAAAUAUGUGAGUUUCGCGUGCUCGUGAAUCAUCCAAAACUAACACUUAUAGACCGAUUUACGAACUUGCAGUUUCUUAGUAGACACGUAUUACCCUGGAACAAUAUCUUCCGAACUGGAGCCUCAUUAUAUUCAAGAUGAAGAACGUUGGGAAAAGGUUUCUUGUGUUCCAUUCUUGGAUGCAGGCAAGACUCAUGUGCUUGCGAGGACGAUAUGGAUUCCUGAUCUUCCUUUCAUACCGGAAAAAUUCCAGAGGAAAUGGGGAACUCAUUGUUUGCUGCAGAGGAAGGCAAAGGUGUAGUUUAAGAUUCUUGUACGUGUUAAAAGUUUGUUCUGAUGGAUUAUUUUGUUUGUCGUU